AUGGGAACAUCUAGUGAAGAAGAUGGUGAAUUGCCACUUAGUCUGUCGACCAAAAAGCGUUGUCACACGAAAAGAUCGCUUCUAUCUUCUGACUCAGAAGAAGGCGAAAGGAAGGAAAGAUCACCAAGUAAACGGAUAAACAGUGCACACAAGGAAACAUGUGAAGAAGGAAUGCGUAGUAGCGAAUUGAACGCGACCCCCUCCAGCUCGCAGACGCCGCGUAGCUCAGAGCGGCUGCGAAAGAAAUCAUCAUUGACGUUCUCUUUACCAAGCAGAAAAGAAGUACUGAAAUCAAUGUCACCGAAAGGAAAGAGACUCAGGAGUCAGGAGAAAAUAAAGGUGUUGAAGCCUAGAAAAUUGGUGAACAAUUUCCUCAGAGAGUAAGUUUGAUCGAACGUGACACCAUCUUGCGAAGUUACAAAUAACACUAUGACGUACUUCAUUUUUUUUUUUGCGAGGGGGUGGGGUGGGUGGGUGUUAGGGGAUUUGAUGUUUAUAUAUCAUUGUGUUUAAUGAUUGAAAGUCUCAGUACUUCUUGCUUUUAUGUAUUUGCCAUGAAAUGUCCCUCUUUCCCCAUAUGCAUCCUGAUGUUAAAGUGUAAAGGGUGAAGGAGACACAAGACACCUGAAUGCAUGCUCCAAAAUCAUUCAUUUUUUAAAGUUAAUGCAACAGCUUGUUGAUACAGGCAUAUUUUCAUCAGUUCAAGUUGCAGUCCAUAAAUCCCUUAAAAGUUUGUGUGUUAAUAACCACACAUAUGUAAAACAUCUCUAAGCUCCCAAUAUCUGAUUGCUAAUUCUUCCCUCCAGCUGAUACACAUUUCCCUUGUAAAUAAGUUAAAUUUGGUAUUAGAUCAAGAAAAUAAGUUCUUCUUGAUAAGUUUAGGUAUUCUCAUCACCUGUUUUCUGGAUAAUGAGAGGAUAAUAUUAGGGAGGUUGCAUGUUAAUCACUUUUGGGAGUUAAGGGUUAACAGCCCUCAAUAAGAAAUAACAAUAGAAUAUUCUUUUGUAGGCGUUCUUCUUAUGUGAGUCGUGGAGAAGGUGGGUAUGACUCAGAUGACAGUGGAAUGUCCGAUUUCAUAAAUGAUGAUGAUGAUGAUGGGGAGGAUGAGGAGGAAUCUACUGCAGAAAGUGACCAAAGCAGUGAUAGUGGCAAGAAGGAUUCUGGAAUCUGUAGAGUAAAAGAAAGCAAAAUAGAGAGGAAAAAGAAAAGAAUACUUGAUAGCUCCGAGGAAGAAAAGGAAACCAAAACAGAGGAGAAAAGGAAAAUACUGCUUGAUAGCUCAGAGGAAGAAAAAGGCCAUAAUGAUGAGGCUGUUAAUAAUCCAAAUUUUGUUGAGUCAAACAGAGGCAUUGCAAAUAAAAACAAAACAAAAAACAAAAGAAGAAAGCUUAAUAAGUUUAGUGACUCUGAUGAAGACAAUUCUUCAGGAAACAAGAGAAAUGAAUCUAAAGAAAGCAAUGAUAGUAGUGGAGAUUCUGAAACUGAUGACAUCUGUUCAAGUGAAUCUCCACAUGAGGCUGAAAUCUUGAGGCCCCGUUCACAAAGAGUGAAAAGGCUCAUACAGAAACAGGAAGUUAAAAGUCAUAAAAUGUUUGGUGGUUUAUUAAAGAAAAGGCAAACAGCUAAACUGGAUCCAAAAGAAAGACUUGCAAAGAGACUUUUGACUGAGGAUGAUGAUGAUAGUGAUUUGCUUAGCAGUGAUGAUUUGUCUAGUAGUGAUGGUUGUACUCCCACAUCUAGUGCUCAUAAUGAUCAAGAUCCCCUUAAGGUGGCUGCAGCAUGUUUUGCACAGCUCAGUAGUGAGAUAGAUGAGGAUGAGGAUGGUGAUGACAGAGAUUUCAUUGUCAAGGAUGUUGAGACAUCUGAUGAGGGCAUGAACUCUGAUGGUGCAUCACAAUUUCUCAAGCUCUUGGAUACAUUUGCAGGCAAGCAACAUGAUAAGGAUGACAAUGGAACACAAAAUCAGGAUACAACAGGGAUCCGUGUAGGUGGAAAUCCCUUUUCAAGUAGACGAAAAAGAAGGAAAAAGAAAACAGUAAAGAAAGAACCAACUUGGAAACGGAUUAAGAUAGAGGAUGACAGUGACAAUAGUGCAAAUGAUGAUACAACAGAUACCAUGUCUAGCAGAUAUCAACCCCUUCACAUUGCCAUUCUUGAACAUGAUGUUCCCUUGGUCAAUAAGCUGAUCAAGGAAGAUUCGGAUUGUAUUUAUGAGAUUGCUUUCAGAAAGAGGACUGCUCUACAUUUGGCUGCUUUAGAAGGCCAAGUAGAACUUGUGAAACUGUUACUGAAGCAUGGGGCUGACCAAACGGCUCUGGAUUACUAUCACUUGCCUGCAUUGGCAUAUGCUUUGGAUGGGCAUCCAGAAUGUGUUCAGCUGUUGCUUGGACAUACUAAUAUUAAGAACAUUAGUAAAAGUAUCAAGACAAACAAACAAGAAAUGAACCUGUUGCAUUUUGCUGUGGGAGAAGGCAGAGAUGGAUGUAAUUGUUAUGACAGAGCAAAAUGUCUGGAGCUUUUGUUUCAUGAAGACAAGAAAACAUGCACAAGGCUGUUAUCACUGAGUGAUGUCAGGAAGUUUGUUCCAUUGGUCGCAGCUGUCCAUGCUGGACAACAUGAGGUGGAUAAUAUUUCUAUUUAAGAUUUAUUUAACUUUUUAUCUCUAUGUUUGUUCACUAAUUUUCUCUGUUUUUUUUCUUUCUGCACAGCAGUCAACUUAAUAUUCAUCCUAUCAAAAGUAAAUUCUUUAAAAAUUGAGAAAAAUGGCCUCUGAUGUUUAAAAGAAGGUACUAAAUGAAUUUAAAAAAGACAACAACAGCAACUGCCAAUGAAAAUAACUUUGAAACAAAUAGCAUAUAGGCAAAAAAUUAUAAAAUUGUUUGUGAUGUGUAUGUACAGAAACAAUUACAGAUCAAUUUGAAAAUUAGUUUUCUCUUAAUGAACAGGGGUACUAAUAAAUUGUGUUAAUUGCUAUCUUAUGUUCUCUGUGUGCAUGAUAGUGUAUGUUUUUUUCAUUUUCACAGUGUGUCCAGGUCUUGUUGAGGAUGGGUGCAGAUAUGAUUUCCUUCAAGACUGAUGAUGGAGGCAACAUACUGCACUUUGCUGUGGAAUGCGCAUCACAUUUCAAAAGCAAAUGGGAACCUACUAAAGACACUUCCUUUUGUCUAAGGGAGCUUUUGAAGGGAUCAAGAUUGCUUAUUGACCAGCCGGAUGAUAAUGGUACAAGUGUAUAGUACAAAAAUUAGCUAUUAAAGACAAUUUUACUCUAUGCAAGCACUUUCAUUUGCUUUACUGGCUUGAUAAGGUAUUUCAGGCAUUGGGCUAACACAAGAAAAAUUUUAAUCACAAGCAAAAGAUUAGUGAUCUAUGAAUUUUGAGUGUUCUCUAUGUCACUCAACUGGGUUAUAACACUGGUUCUUGUAAAUCAAAGAACAUGUGGUGUAUUCCUCUAUAUGUUUCUUAAUAUAAUAGAAUAUGCUUUGUUUUGGACCAAUCAGAGUCUAGCCAGUGUCUACAAUAAUUUGUUUUGCUUCUAUUAUGUUUAUUUUUAGGUUUUACUCCAUUGAUGUAUGCCUGUGAAAGUGGUAAUGCGGAGUGUGUCAGGAUACUGCUAGACAAUGGUGCAUUGUGUAGUUUUGUGGUGAGAAAAUAGAACUUGAUAAUACUAUCUUAAAGUUUGUUGAAACAUUAUUCAAUUAUGAUGCUCUUGCUAUCUUAAUGUAAGUGCCCACAUCUCCAAUGUAUAUGCAUCUGCAGUUGGAAUCCAUAAGCAAUUAAUUCUGCUUCCUUCCUAUUAGGACAGUCAUGGCACGUCUAGCCUUCAUCUUGCAGCCAUGUCAGGAGACACAGAGUGUGUUCAACUUCUGCUCAACUCAGGGCAUCAGGUUGACUGUGUGGACAAAUAUGGAUGGCCUCCACUGCUUUAUGCCAACUUCAAAGCUCAUGAGAGCUGUGUGCUAGCGCUGAUGAAACCUAAACCAGAGCAAGUGUUUGUACUGGGAGAGCUUCUGAGAAGAGCAAGGAGGGAGUUGGAGAAGAAAAGAACAGUUAAGGUAAAUACUGUAGCUGUGCUCAGGCACUGAUUAAUUAUCACUUCAAAAUGGUGUAUAGUAGGUUAUCAUUAACAAUUUUGAAAUUGUUUUCUGUUGGUACAAUAUAGAGGUGCUGAAGCUGGUGAUAAUUAACAAAUUCUUGUCAACAGGUGGUCAAGAAUGUACUGGUGUCAUUGGCCAAUCACGAUGCAUACUACACAGUAUUUAACGAGUUCAUUCGCCAAAAUCCUGAGGUGCUUGAUGAGAACAAUUAUGGACUCCUACAGCAUAUCUGGAGAGCCAUCUUGGAUUUUGAUAACAAGAGGAGGUGGUUUGUAAAGAAGCUGUCACAAAUCAGGUCAGCCUGUGAAAUUGUACAUUAAGAUGUGUAUGAAGUGUUUUUGGCAGGGGAAAAAAAAUUGGGGUUUUCAGGUUUCUCGCAAAUCCCAACAAGUUCAUAAGGAAUGGAAUACUUAUAUGCGAGCUGGAAAAUUAUAACAUGUGAUUAAAGAAUUCAUAUUCAUUGCAACAUCACAGAUCAACCUCUGCGAAACGUGAACGUUUGCCUUUGGAGAUCGACAGAGCAAAUGUUUUAGGCAGUGCCAUGAACCAGAUGGGGAGAAUACUUGGACAUGCACUGAGACACAGGGAUUUGAUUGUCACAUUUCAGAAUGAACCAGGUGGAUUUAGUUAUCUUAUAUAUUUUUUCAUGGUGUAAUGAUUUUGAACUGUAUGGUCUGUAGUUUCCAUUACAUGUGCAUUUCAUGUAAAGGAUGUUUUCUCCGAGGCGUUUAAGUAAACUUGUUAUUUAUUGUACUUUUUGUAAACCCACAUGUAUUGAUUUCUCUUUUAAGGUAUCUGCACUGGCCCAAAAAGAGAAUUUUUUGCUUGCUUUUGUAAAGAUGUCGUUGAUCCCAAAAGACACCUUUUCAUGAUGACAGAUGAUGCCCAGUUCAGGUACGUGGUACCCAUGUAGAUGCAAUUUAGAUGCAGUGGGUCCUCAAGUACCAAAGACUUGAACUAACAGACAUGUAUCUUUUCAGCCCGGUGCCGAAUGCUUACUUUGCUAAAUAUUUCACCGAAGAAGCACAGCAAGACACUUCACAAACACCAAGCAGUCAACAGGGGCCAUCAAAUGGGAAAGAGGAAUGCCUAUCUAGUGAGUGCACAGACGAAGAAUUGAUGUCAGCCGCGUCACAGGCAGAAGCUCGUUAUGCGAUGGCAGGAAAUGUAGGUCAACCUUUCAAACAACUCAGUGCAGAAGUUGAACGUGGCAUUAGUCUGAGGUCUGAAGGACAAACUGCUUUGGAAAACUUUACUGCAAAUCAAGGAACUGAGGACAGGAUUAAUAUCAGCGAGAGUGUUGCAGCGUCCAAUGAAAGUGGCUGUAACGAAAGAGUCGUAAAAAGGGCUGACAUAAGACAUUCAUCUGAGGUGUGUAAUAAUACUUCUAACACUUUAUCGGUAAAGUUAGACAUGUUAUUAUGAUAACACAUCAGUAGAAUUGUGUAUCAAGUAAGGUGGGUGUUGGCCUGGUUCUCAGUCAAAAAAAGUGGCUGCAUGUACUUGAUGUACACAGUACCGUGUUGUUUGCUAACGGAAUGCUUAGACGAGGUUAGGGCCUAGGGACUGACGAGGAACUGCGAACUGGUACUGUACCAUACAGAGUUUGCAUGCAAAUAAUUUUAUAUUUGCAAAAAGUUUUAUGAUAGUUUUUUUUUUUUUUUUUUGUCUGGUGUUUCCCCGCAGGAGCAGAACAAUGGAAAACGAGCAACGAGGAAUCUCUCCUUGCGUUCUAGACUCAAACAGCUUCGUUUUAUAGGUCGCAUGGUCGGGUUUUCCAUUUUUGAAAAUUUGCUACUGGAUCUUCAUCUCUCCAAACCAUUCGUGAAGCAGGUGACCUUUUGGUCUGUCUUUACAUAUUACUCUCAGUCAUUCAGCUGUUUAGAUUCGUACUCACCUUACGAACUAUUAUAAUGUUCAUGAUACCGAUAGUGACAAUAGUAAUAAUAACGGUGGUAACAGAAGCAGUGACAUUAAUUAUGAUAAUAAUUACUAGGAUAGUAAUACGUGUAAGACGAUGAAACUAGUGAUGAGUGUAAUAAUGAUGAUGAUUCAGUGAUAUGCAGUACAACUACUUUUACUCUCGGUUUGGCUAUACUAUUGAUUUCACAGUAUGUUCUUCGUUCACUUUAUACGCAGAUGUGAAUUAGAAGCACUCUCUUUGAUUAAUUGAGACUUCUUAAAAAACUUUUUGUACUAAACUUUGAUUGGAGAAGACCCUUUCGUCAAUACGAUUUCCCAAAUAAUCGCUAUAGACUUGAUCAGUCUCGACUGUCUAUCAAGUAUUUGAGUGACAAACAAUCACUUUCUCACACAUUUCAGAUCCUUGGAAUACCUUUAUCUCACCCAGACGACCUUAGUUCAUUUGAUUACGAGCUCCAUAAGAAUGCAGUGACUUGGUUACAGGAGAACUGUGUGAACGAACUGGACUUGUCAUUUAACGUGGAUGCUCUGAAUCCGUGGAACUCUAAACCAGUCACAAUUGAGCUUAGUGAUGACUGUGAUAAGAAACUCACAGAUGACAAUAAGGUACCAGUUGAAACUUAGGAUUCAAACGCAGAAGCUUUGUUACCACUUUAGCUUGAAAUAAAUUCUUUUGUGACCAAUGCUUAUCCAAUUAGGCUCUUCUCCCACGAUUCAUUACACUCGUCUGUCUCGUAGGAAGAAUACAGCAAAUCUGUCUCACAAUUCAAAUUGGAAAAAUCGAUUAAAGAUGAAGUGGGUGAAUUCACAGGAGGACUUCAUGAGGUAAGUUGUGUUCAAAUGAUAAUGUGUUCAUUUGACAGAGAUGACAUUCAUUUACAAGUAACUACACGGGAACACAGGGCAAAUAGCAAUAAAUCGCUUGCCAUUUUUUAAUGCAUUCUACACCAAAUCAACUCAGAAGGUACUGAACACGUACUCUCUUUUCAGGUUAUUCCACGAGAAUUCCUUUCGCUGUUCACAGCUGACGAAUUUUCGCUGUUGAUUAACGGAGUGGCCAAGCUUGAUGUGGGAGACUGGAAGAAGCAUACCGAGGUGAACUAUCGCACUUGAUAUUUAUAGCUAUUCAAUUGAAUGAAAAAAGAAAGGAUGGGAAAAACAAGGUUUUGUUUUGAAUCUGAAGGGAAAGUUAGUCGUUACCGAUUUUUUUUAAUACAAACAAACCAACAAACAAGCGACAACACAACUAAAAAAAAAUGUCUUCAUAAUGUUAUAAAUGAAUGAUCCUACAUUUCAUCCUUUGUCGUCUUUAGUAUAAGCAGUGCACGGCAGAAGACGACGUUAUAAAAUGGUUUUGGAACAUUGUGACACCGCUAAAAGAAGAAGAAAAAGCUCUGCUGAUGAAAUUUUCCACUGGAUCACCUUGCGUUCCCCUUGGAGGUUUUGCUGCCCUAACGGUAAACAUCUUAACAAGAUAUUCAUUCGACUGUUUUGAAUUGGCUUUGUCACGCUUUUUCGUUUUGCCUUGUAAUUAUUGCGCAAGCGAUGCUGUACUUCUGAUCCACGCUCUUCGUAUGACAGAGACUGAAACUGUGGCUAAUUAGUGUGUAAUGGUGGGGGACUUGGUAGAAGUGGGUUUAAAAUCCAAAUAUACUGAACUGUUAAAGUUGAACCACCUAACCUCCGAAAAAUGAAAGCUGCUUUGCUUGGACGUGUAUUAGUUCAUCGCUGUUCUUUUAUUCUAAACGUUGAUAAUCCCUGUUGGUCCUUGGAACUUUUAAAUAUUUUGAAACAAAUUUAAGUCAAUGAAGGUUGAUUUUUUUGGAAAACUUUUACCCACUAUUAGAUCUUAAAUCGCAUCCAAAGAGGAGAAAAAAAUAUUAAUUUGUCGUCAUAUCUAAUGUAAAUUACUGAUUUGUUCACUCUGAACUUCGUAACCUCCCGCAAGUGCUAUGCUAUUUCUACACUCCAGAACCCUGGCAGGCCAGUUGAAUGCCAUGUUGAUGGAGUGCGAUGGCUUUAGUGGACCCAGUCAUUGUUUGAUCAUGCUUCAUUGUGUCAUGGCUUUAUUCAGCUGUCUCUACGUUGUUUUGAAGUGUAUCAAUUCCAUUUUAAAAUGAAGUCUUCUUUUAUGCACCAGGGUUUGUCAGGUCCUACAAAAUUUACGAUUUCGAAGAUUGCAGGACUCAAUAAAGUAAGUUUAACAACAUUGCACUGAAGUUUCCGGGCUCAAAAUCAAUCCUUUUAAGGUAUUGGUCACGUUUGCAGGUACCUUCUGGGGCUUUUUUAUAAAUGAUUUCUUGCUGUAAAUUAUAUACGAAAUUGAGUUUUAACCAUAAAGUCAUGUACUAGUGUCGAGUUCUCAUCCCGCUCUUUUUCCUUUUGUCCAUUUGGUAGAUUCCUAUGGCAUCCACGUGUUUUAACAUGCUGAAACUGACCAGCUACAGUUCUGAGAAACACCUCAAGGAUAAACUGUUGAUUGCGAUAAGGCACGGCGCAGAGGGGUUUUCAUUUUCGUGAGGCACAGAUCCCGCUGUGCUGUACCGCUGUUAUCGCAGAAGUGUCAGUAGUUUUUUUUUCUUGCUCGUACAGCUCGAGACGAAUGAUUAAUGUUUUCACGUGCUUCAGAUUCGAUCUUACAAAUCAUGAUCACCAAAGCAUCGCAUAUGCGACCUUUUAUCUUUUUACCUUUUCUGUAGCAAUGAAUCACUCAUCUAUUGAGUGAAAUAUAUAAUCGAAAGGUAUUAUCGUAAUAUAAAAUUAUAAUUAGUAUUAUAAUAAAAAAAACUGGGGAACAAUCGAGUACAGAAUCUAAAAUUUUAAAGAAUAAUAAAUAUAUUUACAUAUAUAUAUUUAUAUAUGUGUGUGAGUAUGCGCGGCGAGUUUCUUAAAAACAAACUCUUCGAAUCGAUCUCUAUAUAAUAUCUUUAAGGGGGGGGGACUUAAUCAAGCCGUUGAUAGUGAUGAUGAUGGCUUAAGUACGUUUAUUUCGAU